AUGCCUAUCUUAAUCACCUACGCCACUUCUCACGGCUCGACGCGAGAAGUGGCCGAGCGGAUCGCCUCACGCCUUCAUGCCGAUGGCUUCGCCGUCGACUGCCGGUCCGUGGACCACGUGUACAGCGUCGAGAACUACAGUGCCGUCAUCCUGGGGAGCGCCGUGCACGGCCAAAAGUGGCUGCUGGACGCACAAAAGUUCCUCGACAUCGAGGCCAUGGGUCUGCAGCUGAAGCCCACCUGGACCUUCAGCGUGGGCAUGGCUCCGGCCGUCGGCUCGAAAUGGGUCCGAGACCGAGCCGUGCGCCGCGAGUCACGCCAGAUCGAAGAGAUGGUCCUGCGGAAGCUGCCCAAGGUCCGAGAUCACCAUUUGUUCGCGGGAAAGGACGACGGCUCAGAGACCCCGGCCCCCCUACGGUGCCUCUGGAGCUGCGUCGGUGGACGCUGGGGCGACUACCGUGACUGGGGUGAGAUUGACGAAUGGGCGGACAUCAUUGCCAAGGAGUUGAAACUGGAGGGCAUCUGA